UGGAUUCCACUCACAGCCAGCCUCUCCGAUUCCAAGUAUUCCGGGGGAAUCGUGGGCGGUCGAAGUGCCUCCUGUGCUUGGAUUGUGUCCCGCACAAUCUUUGCUGCGAUUCCUCUGCGCGCAGCGUCCGUACCAAAGGUUCCCCCUUUUUUUCCUGCCGCUCGACCGUACAGGCCCUCCGUUCCGAUGCAGGGGAAAAAUCUCUCGUGUUUGUCUGUUGUUCUCGUCGUCGACGUAGCUCUCUCCGUGCGUGCGCGAUUUGGUUCUGCACAUGGAUGGGGUUUUUGGGGUUUUCUUUCCCCCUUCCUCGAUGCGUCGUCACAGGCGGUAGUAGAACUGGAUCGUCACCGGGCUUGAUGCUGCCGCAUUGGCCGGUCAUUAGCUCCUCGAUCUGUUCCCCACAGCCUGGGGUCAGUUUACCUCAACUUGUCUGCAUUUUCCUCGCACCUGCUAUGUGUCUGUCAGGAUCACACCAAAUCAGACUCUGCACUUGUCUGCACUUCCAAAGUAGAGACCAUUAUAGGUCAGUUUACCUGCAAUUAUAUUGUCUGCAUUUUGCCUCACACACUUGCUAAGUUGCUCUGCAUCAGGAUCACUCCAGAUGAGAUGCUGCACUUUGCUGUCCAAAUGAUACAGACAGUUGUAGCACAGGAUAAACACCUUAUUAGUUUGUAGAGAGCUCAAAUCUGUUCUCUUUUUUUCCUUCCUAAGGUCCAUUUAAUCUAAUAUGUACCGAAUGUUCUUUUGAUUUUACUGGAUGCAUUCUGGUCCCUAUAUAAGAGUUGAACGAGACUCUGCUGGUUUCGCGGAUGACUGUCACAUGGUCUUUUCUUUCACACAUGCUGUUCAUGUUGACAAAUUGACACUCUUUUGAUCAGGCAGCAGCAUCAACAGGUGGAGACUGUCUAAUACCGGCCGGGGUCCUGCUGUUUUAGUUCCGCCCGCGACUCUGUUUUGCAUAUGGGCUUCUUUGUUGUUUGUUUGAUCAGAAGAAAGAAAGUUCCUCGAUGCGUUCCAGACACUAGAAUAGGAUCCACCUCUUGCAUCGGCUGGUGAACUCCUCCAUCUGUUGUCAGUCCUUAUCUGCAUUUUCCCACAUUGUUCAUGUAUCUGAUAAGAUACCAGCCGGGGUCCUCUUCAUGCAUUGCUUGUACUAGUUUGUCAAGAAUACAGGUCUGUAUAGCAGAGAGAGCACCACAAGCUAAACACCUUCUUUGUUGGGAGCUCUCAUCUGAAUCUUUUUUUACAAUCCAUUUGCUUUAAUAUAUGUUCUUUUGAUUUAUCUGAUGCAUUCUGGACCCUAGAUUUGAAUGAGACUGCUGAUUUUCGCGUUACGAAUUACGACUUUCGCAUGACCUCUUGUUUCAUAUGAUGUUCAUGUUGACGAAUUGACAGUCCUGUAGUCAACCAUAGCAUUACCAGGUUGACCCUCUUUAUUGCCGGGAUUCUGUUGUUUUAAUUUAUGUUGCCGUGAUCCACCUAUAUGGUAAAAUGAAGAAAAAUCUUACUUGUCCAGCGCUUCAGCUCAUGCAUCUGUGCGGUUCAUUUGGACUGCAAACACCGUCGUUUAUCCAUUUGGUAAAAGCAUCAUCAAAUGGCACUGCAGUAGUGCUUGUUUAGUUAAUCUUACUCUAGGCAUGAUAAUGGUCAAUCCUGGUCAAUCUGCUCACCUUUUUAGAAUUGCCUACUUGAUCACUUUAGUUUACUCCAUCAUGAUUUGUAAAUACUAUGCAUGUUGUGUCAUACUGCCCAGCGAACUAUCCUUCCCACUAUCUGAAACAUAGCAUACUUUGGUUAGUUAGGCAUCCCCAAAACUACAAAUCAGAUUCUAGUUGCACUGAUGUAUAUUUUCUGGGUAUUAGCUUAAUUUCUUCUUGUGAUUGUGGUCGAGGGGACUUUGUUCAAUAAAAAAAUUGGUUUUUUCUUCUUCCCUUUCGAUGCAUUCUAAACCCUAGAGUCAAAUGUAGUUGUACUGUUUUCAUGGCGGAGAUUUCAAUUGUGAUAUCUUGUGUCUGUUGUGGAUUUGUGGCAUAAUAAAAUUAUUAUUCUCUCGCAUCAAUUUAUUCUCUAUAAUUGCUUUUCUGGUUGUCUGCUUUCAAUAUUAAUCGAGUUGUGCUUAACUCAUGUCACAGGACUGGACCAGUGGUAGUGAUGAUAGUGAUAAGUUUGACUGGGACAGUGAUGGUGAGGCUGAGCCCUCAUCGGCUCCGGCUACGAGGAACUUCGAUGCUCCUGGCCCAUCCACACUCAGUUCCAAUGGGUGGAUCAACGGGGAAGCGCCGCCUACUUCUUUGAUCGAGGGAUAUGUGGCAAUGGGCUUCCCAAAGGAGAUGGUCGUGAGGAGUAUUAAGGAGAUUGGACAUAGUGAUGCAGAGGCACUGCUCGAGCUACUCCUCACGUACAAGGCACUAGGUGAUGAUGAUGAUGCAGUGGGCAAUCACUCUACUUCUGGCUGCAACCCCCCUAUUGUUGAAGAUAAUGAUGAUCUUGAUUUUGAGAACUGGAAUGACGAUGAUGAUACUGGUGGUAGAGUAUCAAGCUCUGAUGACUCUGGUUAUGAGGAGUUUCUACGAGAGAUGUCAGACAAGGACGAGAAGAUCAACUCAUUGCGAGACAUGGGCUUUUCUGAAGAUGAAGCAAACAUGGCCAUUACGAUAUGCGGUGUGGAUGCUGAUCUCUCUGUAUUGGUCGACUCGAUUAGUGCAUCACAGGUUACAGAAGUUUGUCACUCUAGAAACUUAUCUGACCAUCAGGUUACAGCUAGAUGCUUCGAUUCCUUUGGAGGGAGAAAGAGGGCAAGAUUGAUUGAAGAGAGCAAGAAAAAGAGGAAGCGAUAUGGAGGUGGAGCACAAGGCAAACGACCUUCCUUGGAUGGCAGCGAUGAGGAAUCAAUGCCUCUCCCAAAACCAAUGGUUGGGUUUAACCUUCCUGGUUAUAGGGGACCAUCAAUGACCCGAGUGCUUCCUGAACUAGCUACCGGACCACCUUAUUUCUACUAUGAAAAUGUGGCCAGAGCUCCAAAAGGUGUAUGGGCAAAAAUUACAAGAUUUCUGUUUGACAUCCAGCCUGAGUUUGUGGAUUCUCUUCAUCUGUGUGCAGCUGCCAGGAAAAGGGGAUAUAUCCACAAUUUGCCAACCGAGAACAGGUCACCGCUUCUCCCUCUGCCUCCAAAGACAAUUUUUGAGGCAUUCCCUCAUUACAAGAAGUGGUGGCCAUCCUGGGACCAGAGAACGCACCUCAAUUGCUUGCAAACAUGUAUGGCCCCUGCAACGGUGACAGAACGGAUCCAGCAGAAACUUUCAAGCUCAGGCAAUCCACCACCUCAAAGUGUACAGAAAUAUGUCAGGCAUGAGUGCUCAAAAUGGAACCUUGUCUGGGUUGGCAAAGACAAAGCUGCUCCAUUGGAACCUCAUGAGAUGGAGUAUCUUCUUGGUUUCCCAAAGGACCACAAAAGAGGAGUCGGCAAGACACAGAGAUACAAGUCUCUCGGCAACUCAUUCCAAGUCGAUACUGUCGCUUACCACUUGUCAGUGCUGAGGGGCAUGUUUCCCAAUGGUGUGAGGGUGCUGUCCUUAUUCACCGGUAUUGGAGGAGGAGAGGUUGCCUUGCACAAGCUUGGGAUCCACAUGAGGGUAGUAGUUUCCGUUGAGAUAGGCGAAGCUAAUAGGCAGAUUUUGAGGAGUUGGUGGGAUCAGACCCAGACGGGCACAUUGAUUGAGAUAGCUGAUGUGAAAUCCCUCAAGGAUGAUGAAAUUGCAACAUAUGUUAGACGAUUUGGCGGCUUCGACUUGGUGAUUGGGGGCAGCCCAUGUAACAAUCUUGCCGGAAGCAACCGACACCAUCGUGAUGGCUUGGAGGGCGAGCACUCAUCUUUGUUCUACGACUACUUUAGAAUCUUGAAUUCCGUCAAGUCGGCUAUGGCGAACAUGUAGCCUAAUCGCUGUAGUACAUAUGCUAUCGUUUAAUGCUUAUAUCUAGGAACUGUGACUUAUUUGUGUUUAAACAUUGAGUUGAUGUGGAGGAUGUUUA